CAACGGCCCUCCGGGGCGCGGAGCGGGAUGAACUCGGGCACGGGCGGCGGCGGUGGCGGUGCUGGGGCCGCGGAGCCGUCCCGGAGCGGCAGUCCCGGAGAGGAUGGCUUCGCCCGGUCGGCGCUGGGGACCCGAGAGCAUUGGGAUGCUGUCUAUGAGAGAGAGCUGCAAACUUUUCAAGAAUAUGGAGAUACAGGAGAAAUCUGGUUUGGAGAAGAGAGUAUGGAUCGGCUAAUAAGGUGGAUGCAAAACCGCAAGAUUCCAUUGGAUUCUUCAGUGCUUGAUAUUGGAACAGGAAAUGGUGUUUUCUUGGUUGAACUUGUUGGUACUUUUAGUAUUCAUGUGUUAAAGCUAAUUUUGAAGUGAAAUUAAAAAAGAAAUCUUGGCAGUGAGGAUACUAAUUAUGUUAAUCUAAAGUAGAAGA